CACACUCUGUCUAUGGACUGUACGAUCAACAAUCACCUGCCUGUUUGUCCCGAUCACCUGCACCAGGGAUACAGUUUGAAAUUACAAUGGAAGAAGAAGAAAAGAUCUGGAACAAACAUUACAAUCCCUGACGGGUGCCAGGAGCUUUCCAAAUGAGUGUAUGGACCAAAUGGAUGACCUCAGCUCGUUCUGUCAAAAGAAAUCUCUCAUUACGACCUACAAUCUUUUCUCAGUGUCUAGAUUAAUAAAGAUGAAAUCUACAGAAGUGGAUCCGGGGUUAUUCACUGACAGCUACUGCAAAGUGUGCAGCGCUCAGCUUAUCUCUGAGUCACAGAGAGUCGCCCACUAUGAGAAUUCAGAAAACAAAGCCCUGAGGUGCAAGCUUGUUAUUGUCAGCUGGUUGGUGCUAUAAUGAGGACGGUAGAAGUUUGCUGGAGAGAGAGCAAUGAGGCUGUGUGGUCAUGCAUUUAAUGAGACCGAUCCGUGUGCCACCACCCCGCUGAGGAGAGUCGAGCUUACAAGAACGAACAAAGCCAAAGCCAGCCCUAGACGCUUCGCUUAUUACACCGAACAGACAGUUAGGAGGAUCAAUGGCCAACAUUUAUCAGAACCGCCUAACUGGGAUGUUGUGGCGUCACUGGAGUCGAAAGCAUGCAAACAAAGUUCGUCUGUAUUACAUGUUACACCCAGUGGAUGGUGGCUGUCCUGCAAAGAAGCUUCGAACAGACAAUGGCAGUGCGGAGGGAGACGUGGACAAGAACAAGUGCUGCACGCUGUGCAAUAUGUCGUUCACUUCGGCGGUGGUGGCCCAGUCACACUACCAGGGCAAGAUCCACGCCAAAAGACUCAGGCUACUGCUGGGGGAGCCACCUGCCAUCACAUCUAAAGAGGUGACAGCCAGUUCAGAGCAUAUGGUGACUGAAGACUCGCCGGGAAGUCCUUCCAUACAUGGCAGACUCUCACACCGGUACUGCCAAAUGUGUAAGGCCUGGUUCAACAACCCUGGCAUGGCCAGACAGCACUACGACGGCAAGAAGCACAAAAAAAAUGCAGCCCAAGCUAACCUCCUCGCACAGCUGGGUAAAAGUCUGGAGGACGGAGAUGAUCUAAAUGGCCUGAAGCGGAGUCACACAUGUGAGGUCUGCAGUGUUACGCUCAACUCCGUAGCACAAUACCACGCACAUCUGCAGGGCUCCAAACACCAGAACAACUUGAAGAACAAAUGAAGUUUGAUGGAGCUCCUCUAUUUCAUCUCUACUCUUGAAACUAUUUGAGGAUCUGUUUGUGGAAGUCAAGGCAACUUUAAGACACCACAUGCCAGCAAUAUCGGUUCAUAUUCUCUUGAUCCACUGUGUUUAUGACAGCGAUAUGGACACUACCAAUGCAGACAGAGACCUGGACAGUGAUAAUGGAUCACGGACAAGUGCAUGUUGCUAACUUUGUAUAUAAAAGGAAAAUUCACAUUCACAUCCUGAACACUUUAAUGUAUAUAUUUAAGGCAUGUCGAAUGGACACAAUUAUAGCUUUAUUUUAAUUUGGUGCAAUUAAAAAUAUUUUGAUUGUAAUUGUAUUCGUAUUUUAAUUUAUGUGUGUAAGAAUUGAAAAUUUUGUAUUAGAGUGAACUUGUCAUUCAAAUGUUGUAGCUCUCUGUAGUCCACUAAAGAUUAAUGAAAUUUCUUGUUUUGUUUUGUACAUACAGUAGAAUUGCUCUCGGAUGAUAUUAAAAUGAGACUUUGUCAUCAUUUAGAAGCUGAAUUCAAUCGGCAUACAAGUAAAAGUAAUGAACUGAAGGACAUUAAUUGUAAUUUUAAUCUAUCUUUCUUUGAAAACUUCAUUACUUUAACAAGACUUUUCAGUGACUUGUGUCGUUCGAAAUGUUCAGCAAAAGCUUUUUCAACAUUAGCUGCAGUAUGAACAGAUAGAAAAUGAAUCUCUUGCAAUGACUGUAGAAGAAAGAAACCCAAGAGAUUACUAUAAGGAAGCAUUACUGAGAUUAAAAAGUUAAUAGUCUACUAUCAUGCUGUACUUUGCUGAGAUGGGGUCAUUUUAGUGCUUUUCACAAAGGACUGAAUGCUGCUGAUUUCCAUUUGUGCACUGUUCCAUUUAAAAAAAAAAAAGCCAAAAUAAUCAAAUUAUCCCCAAAACGAUAAUGACUUUUAAAAACGAAGCUAGGUUGCUAGCGUUAUUUAUUAUUAAAAUACUGUUUUGUCUCUUAAAGAAUAAAACAAU